AUGCCUCCACCUCCUCCUCCUCCUCCACCUCCCCCACCAAUGAUGGGAGGCCCACCGCCCCCGCCUCCACCACCGCCAGGAGGGUCGAGACCCCCAGCUGGGAACAGGGUGAAGCCCCCAUCAACCGUAGCUAUGCCUGGAGACUUCCUGGGCUUAGAAGGAGCCUUACUUUCAGAUAUCUCCAAGGGAAAAGCACUCAAGAAAACAGUCACAAAUGAUCGUUCGGCACCGAUAUUAGGGGCAGUCUCAGGAGGUUCAGGACCAUCACCAUUAGGGGGAGCCCCUGCUGUUCCGGGAGCGCCACGACCCCCCGGAGGACUCGCACCACCGGUUCCUGGAAAUAGAGCUCGGAGCAACAGCGAUCAAAGUAGUGCAGGAGCUCCUGCGAUGGAACAACCACCGCAGUUGGGCGGGCUUUUUGCUGGAGGGAUGCCGAAAUUGAAGAAGCGCGGAGGAGGUAUUGAGACAGGAGCAAAUCGCGAGUCUUCCUAUACCUCGGAUCCGGAGUCAUCACGAAGUUCAGCACCCAAACCUCCUGCUAUGGCAGCACCCAAACCGCCCACAGGACCACCUCCUAGACCAGCACAAAGUGCGCCAGGUCCUCCCGCUUUCAAUCCUUCAAUAGCAAAUCUACGGAAAACUCCUGGACUCAAUGCACAAAGACCAAUGUCUUCUGCCUCUAUGAAAGGACCUCCUCCACCAAUAGGGAAGAAACCUCCGGCUCGCCCAGGCAUGAGAAAGCCUUCUGCUCCACCUCCACAGGCACCUCAAGCACCUCCACCUCCACCAUCUUCCGCUCCACCUCCACCAGCAGCCCCUCCUCCAUCGGCUCCUAGACCACCCAUUGGACAUGCGUCUCGCUCACAACCACCCCCACCACCUCCACCUCCGACUUCACCACCUACCAAUGGAGCUGGUCAAAGCCUGGCUAUGCAAGCAGCUAUACGAGCAGCAGCACAAGCAUCACCAGCCGCUGCACCGCCACCACCACCUCCUCCACCCUCAUCGACCCCAUCAUUCCGCGCGCCCUCACCUCCAACAUCAGCACCACCCCCACCAAGUGCAAGGCCGCCUCCUGCUCAGCAGCCAGUCAGAUCUCCUCCUGCCCAGCAACCUAUCAGAUCAAUGUUAGAUCCAAGUUCUUACACAUUAUCCUCGAAUGGUAGUCUUCCUAAAAGCCCCAGUCCGAGCAGGACAUCGGAACCAACACGGAAUGUGGUCAUAAAUGACUCAAGAUGGAAAUUCCAGGAUGAAAAAAUACUGCCGAAGCCGAGGGACUUUAUUAGAGGGCCAAAGAAAUACAGAGCAGGUCGUGGAAGUAGUGUGCCAUUGGAUUUAAGUGCUUUUCACUGA